AUGAUCAUCGGUGGUCCUCUUUCGCUUCUUUUUGUCUUGGUUUUUCUGUCAAACCUUUCCACAGGUAAGUAAAACGGCAUUUAUCGAUCACUUUUUAAGUUAGCAACUGAUAAUUUGAUUGCCAGAUUAUCCCAAAAUUCUACCCAACGUUUAGCCGAAUUGGUAGAGAUGCCGAUAAAUUUUGCGAUCGGCUUGAAAUUUAGUAGCUCAGGUUCUGACUGCGUAGUAAUCAAGGCCAAUUUAACUGGAAAAACGAUAAUAUAAUAGAAAGCACAUUAUAUCAGCCAAUUUUCCAGGAUAUAAAAAUUCUUAGUUCUGAUAAAAUUCUGUCUAAAAUCUAAUCUGUCCUGGUACUGAAUAUAUUUGAGCCCAAAGCUGAAUAAAAUGUGAUUUCAAUUACACUCACGAUAGCUCGGUUUAGUUACGCUUCUUGAUUUAUGAAGAAAAAGUAAUCAGUUGUGGCAAUUUUUCAGUCAUUUCCGAGAUCGAUUUCAAUGGCUUUGCAUGCUUCUAUUGUCGAUCAUUGUCUGUUUUAUCCACCUCUGAUUGGUUAAUUUCAUGCCUUGGUUCAGUUUUGAUUUGCCAAUGAGUGGUUUCUGGUUUAUGAGUCCAACUUCACUUGGUAAUUGUAUCCUGCUAUCAGAGUCGCUUAUCAAGGAAGAUCGAAGGAGACUCUUCUGUUCGCAGGGUACAGUGAUUGAAAAAUCUGGCCUACAUUUCAGGUGAUGGUUUGUGUUCUAAGAAUGAAUUCUCGUGUGACGUCAGUAAAUGCAUUAGCAAAGGACAACUUUGUGACGGUCAAUUGAAUUGCAAGGAUCGCUCCGAUGAACUCAAUUGUGGUAAGUAUGUUUAAACCUCAGUCAAACCUCUUCAACCAGGGUUAGAGAUCCCUCCGUAUGUAUUCCUGACAUCUGUCUACUGUAUUAGCGAUGACAAACUUCACCUGAAGCAUUCCCUACGUCUGUACUAAUUCUGAGUUCGGUGUAAUAAUUUUUCGCUGCUCUAUGUUUAAUAUAUAAGCAACUAGAAGUUAACUAACUAAACAUUUCAUCUUGAAAGUAAAAAAGUACCUAUUAAAUUGUUUGAAAACCAAAACUGCGGAAUCGUCGGACGCGAAGAAUGAAAAAGAAAAGAUUCUUUUAUCGCUACUAUUUUUAUCGAUAAAAACUAAAUUGAACAAGAGAUCUCACACUUCCUUGCCCAUAUUUUCACUUGACGGUAAGCGAAUUAAAUCCCUCCAACAUACGGAUUGAAAAGUGAAAAAAUACAUCCUUUGAUCGUUGUGGAAUAUUACCCACAUCAAAACAUAAACAAGUUAAAAUUCUUUACUUCAGGCUACAUACGUAAGACCCAGGGGCGGAUCUAGGGGGAGGGUGCAGGGGGAGCGCACCCCCCCUUCCUUCUGAGAUGACCUGCGGUUUUCUAAUACAACUGGUAUUCUGCAAAAAAAAAAACUAUGUGGUUUAUUGGUGUUGAAGUAGAGCAAGAGACUAGUGCACCCUCUCCUAAAAAAAUCCUGGAUCCGCCCCUGAGACCGGCCAAAAUACGUCUACUAACUUGAGUAUUCGAACGUCUCUUUUAGCAAUGAUAGUCGUCAGAGCUUUUCCCUUAGUAAAUUCUUGAAACGAGAUUGAUCAUGUGGUUGUACUAAAUAAGGUGUUGUAUAUGUUUGGCUAAAAGUGUUAGUUUUAAGCAACCCUCCCUUCCCCUCCAAAUCGUCUACUUCAAAUGCAAAUUUAAAAAAAUCGACUAUAUGCAUGGCUUGCCUUAUAAGCAGACUUGGAGAUCCACUUUUUUUAUCCGCAAUAAAAGUUGGUUGGCUCACCCUCGUUCCUAGCGUCUCUAAACCCAGGCCUGGCUGGAGAUAGGGACUGUUAAGUUCUGUCGCGUUCUCCAUGUUCUCAUCUUUUCUCUACUCUUUAGUCUACCCCUAAUCGCCUUAGCUUCAUUUUCUACCCCCAUAUCAAAACCUUACUUAAUAACCGAAUAUUCUGUCUUUUGCACCACAGAUAUAACAACGCAAAAUACCACCAAUAGUAACAAACUAGUUAACGGAACUUCAUCGCCUAUAUCAGUCAGUAAGUACAAUACUACAUCGCCGUCCAGUCAGCCUAGCAAUUCCAAGAACACCGUUUCACCUACCCCAACCAGAUGGGAAAAGGCAAAGAAAUUUCUAAAGAAAAAGGUUUAUUCUAAGAAUGGAACCAAACAAAGAAAAAGCCGUCGUCCUCUUUAUCACCACAAACUCUCAAAGUGGACCAAAAAACAGACCUCAACAACGGCAUCAGAUACGACACCUUCAGUGGAAACAUCUGUCACGCACUGUUCAGUCACGGAAUGUGAUCAUUGGAGACCUUGUUGGCGUGACGUGAAAAGGUCACGCAAGUGUGUGUGUGAUGAGGCGGACUGCAUUGUAUAUUGGAAUGCAAGUAGUCGUUUAGGAAGCGAGGACAAGAUGAAUAUGAAAGGUAGGAAAAGAAAUCGUUAACAACAGAAAAAUAAGUUUCCCAUUCCUUGUUUUUUCCCGCGGAGAUUAACUUGGAACUGAACUUAAAACAAGUCAGCCUAAUGUCCUUAUCUUUACUUUCCAAAGAACGACAAAAUCACUCUAAACUCUUUUUGAUAAACUAAUUCGAUGCUGAAUCCCCUUUUUCUUUUUUAAAUUCCUCGCGCGCCACCGUAUUGGAAUUUGAAACGUCAGUUAUUUUCUGGCAGGCCAAAAAAAAAGCGUUUGUUGACGGAUGACAACAGUAACCUGCGUAGGAAGCGCCAGUUUUUGUAGGGCGUGUUCGUAUUCCCCUCGUGAUUAUGCACCUCGCGCGCUCUGUGAAAAAUGAAAAAACCCGGCCCCUACUAUCACCCAGGCUAUGACAACAGCGGUAACCGAAUGGCGUUAUUAUAUACUCAAAAUGGCAGCAAGCUGAAAACGACCGAUCUUGUUUCCCAGCUAGUUAAUAUCUACUUUUUUAUCUUUUCCGAAAAUAAAAUUUGAAUUUCAGAAUUCAAUUUUUACAAGUUUACUUCAAUUUGACAUUGGAGGUUCCCUUUCGUGAUCGAUGCAAGACUGGCUAGUUUUCCUGUUUAAAAAGUGGGCCGAAAGAAGGGCACAUCAUUACUCCUGCCUUACGGACACCCCGAUAAAACGGACAGUAGCUAAAUCCCGGGCAAAAACAAAUUUCAGACGUUUGACUGAAAUAAACUCUCAAUAUUACGGACUCGACGGUGUCCGCAAUAAAGAGAGUUGACUGUAUUUCCUAUACAUGAUCCUUCCGUUUGACAGUUACCCCUAAAGACAUUAAGACAUCCCGUUAUUUAAUUACCCUUUAAAUUUAAAUAAAUUUAAUUACUAUUCGUUCAAAAUAUUUACCCAAUUCUGAUUGGCUAAAAGCACGCGCAUAAUUCACCAUAACCAGUUACUGAUGACCAAAUUUGGAAGAAUUGUGUGUUUAACGAGGAAAUGACGUCAAAAAUGCAGCCUUCUACAGGUUAAUGCACAGUUAACCGAGAAGACCUGGAGACGAGGUUGGGUUGUUUUGAUUGUGAACUUGAAAAAUAGCAGACAUUUCACUCGUUUCAAGAGUAAGAACUAGGCGAAAAAAUACCUAAAAACAUGGAAAGAACAGCAAGAAGACAACUCGAAGGGCGACAUCUGCUAUUUGGAGAAUAUUUGCGGAGCUGAACAACCCUAAACUUGCAUUAUCGAAGAUGAACUCAACAUCGAUGGAUCGAUGGAGGUAAGCAUGUUUUAGCCAUGUUUUUAAACUAGGAAUUAUUUUGAAUGAAUAAUAAAACAAUUAUUAAAUUCGGCUUUCGUAUCAUAUGAAGAAUUAUGGAGAUCUCGGAGGGUGUUAAUCCGCCUCGGCUUACGGCCUAGACGGAUAACACCCUCCUCGAUCUCCAUAAUCUUUCAUAAGAUACUCAGCCUUGUUAAUUAUUUAUUCAUCUAUCUAUGUAUUUUUGUUCAUCUUCCAGAUGUUUUUGAAUGGUUAGCCAUAUCUCUCUCUUCCUUCGGGCUUGUCUUAGCGACCAUCAUCCUCUUGCUGAAGCGAAGAAGAUUACGUCAUAACGACACGAGACCGCUGCAGGUUCGUACUGUCAUAUGUUAUCAUAAUGGACAGCAUGACGUGGCACGCAUGUGUCACGGGACAGCAGCUGAAAUC